UCUCCCCGCCUCCAGCCGGGCUGCGCUUCCCUCCCCGCCUCUCGCUGAGCAUUGCGCUCCGGACUCGGCUGCAGGAGGCAGAGCGAAGAUGAGCUGUGAAGAGAUCCGCGUGUUUGCAGUGACACUUGAGCAAGAUUCUUACCUCUAUUUUGCAGAUGAUGAAGGUCUGGAGUGCGACUACUGGAAGAAGGCAACCCACGCCCUACAUGACCAGAUCUUUCGAAACAUAUCUAAUCAGGUACUCAUGGUACGGAAAGGACCAGAGAAUGCUGUCAUGAGUGUAUUUGAGCCUAUGACAGAUCAAGAGAUGAGACCUGGAUGCGGAGUGCACUUCACCAUCCACUAUUAUGAAGACAACAGAUUUGAGGACGGGAUGUCCGUGGCAUUCAGCAUCCUGGUAGAAAACAAGACUUACUGUAUGUACUGCACACAUGAAGGUGGGGAAAAGACUGUUCGAUUUAGGGAAGAAGAAGUUCCCAGAGAAAUUCUGGAAAACAGCAGCGACAUCAUCUUCAUCCAAAAGUCAAUUUCACCAACAGACACACAAGCAUUCAAAUUUGAAUCUUCACUAAUGCGAGGAUACUUCUUGGCCUUUCAGAAAGGAGAGAAUUUAAGCAAACUGAUUUUAAAGCGAUGUGAUGAAGACCGUGUGGAUGAAUCCACACAUAUUAUUAUCCCCUAAAUAAACUGAUUUGAUAAUGUAUCAUACACAAGCAAUUUCUUGGCCAUUUUUAUACAACUUUUAUUACUAUCUCUGUGCUAAACUGUGUAACCCUUCUCUGUAACCACUCAAACACACAGCCUCCGGCCACUGAGUUAAGUUCCUCAGGGUUGGUGCUGAGUUUAUUGGCUCCAGGAUUGAUACUUUUCAAUUCUUAGCUGCAGCUGAGAGCAAAUAUAGAAACAAAAUAAACUGGUGGACAUGGAGCUUAGGAAUUCUAUAAUCAGAGAGAUUAAUGUCUGUUACUAGUUACAGCAGGGCUUCUAUGGUAAGGCUGCUAUUUACCACAAUGCCUUCUCCAAAAAAAGCAAGUCUUUGCAUAAGAUUGUCAUUGCCAACUUUUUGAAUUAAGUAUUAAAUUUGGAAUUAAAUGAACCUUUUGAUUUUUUUUUUUUUUUUUAACCAAGUGUCCAUUUGUGUCUCCCUCUAUCACAGCAUUUAAAACUGAAGUAGAUUUUGCAGACUCCCAUGAGGAAGACUCGCUGUCUUUCUAUCCAUCUGUGCCGUAACAGGAUGGGUCUCGGUCCGGGUCCGACAGACUCCGUUUUGUACUAGGAGCUGACCACAUGGCUAACCUUGUCAGCCUAGGCACAUAGCUAAAGGGGAAGAAACUGCAUUUAAAAAGGGGGUGUUAUCAGAGGCCACAUCUCCCCUACAAGGUAGGGGUGUGAUUUCCCAAUACUUGCCAAAGCUAGCGCACAAGUCCAAAUAAGGAGUGUAGCUGCAGCAUCAAGGGCAGCAGCAGCAUGUCUUAGCCAUGCUGUGUACAAACACUCCUGAAACCCGCGGGUACAUACUCAGCCCUGCUACCCUAGCUAACACUCAUCAAGCUACCUAGCUCACAGUUAGACAGAGCCUGAAAAAGGUGGGCUGUCCAUCACCAUAUAUCAGCAGGAGGGACCCUGCCUAGCCUAAAUGCUGUCCCAACCUCAGACUCCCAGAAGGGUGGAGGUCGAAUUAGGGGAGGAGGCAUCUCAGGACUUUUAUUUUACUCGCUCUCUGGUGCUUUAUAAGAGCGUUGACUGUUAAGAAACUUCUUGGCUAAGCCUGUGCUCCUUGCUUUCCUAUCACACGGUCCCCAAAAGGGUUAAACUAGAAUGCAGAGUGCCCACAGCUAGGUAGAAGUGG